GUCAGUUGACGACGUGCAGACGUUGUUGGGCAUCGAGCAGCAGAGAGAGGGGGGGAGGAAGCAGCAUCAGCAUCAGGGCUCUGUCUCAUCCUCACUGGAUCCCAGCACCGACACCCUCAACAGCAACAUCCUGCAUCCACCCUGACAAGGACAACGCUACCCGGGGACACGAUCUGAAAUUUAGGGAUCUCAUCGAAAGAAGCAACAAUGCUGGCGUGCACAGAGAUGAUCACCAUGUGCCUCCAGUCUGCAAAGCACGAACGCAUGAGGAGGCAGCAGGAGCUGGACCACAACCAAAACCAAGGCACCUCUAUGUUCCAUGAUAUAUUCCGCCGGGCAGACAAAAAUGACGACGGGAAGCUGUCCUUGGAGGAGUUCCAGUCUUACUUCACUGAUGGUAUCCUCACGGACGAGCAGAUGCAGGAGCUGUACUACUCCAUCGACAGGCAGCAGACAGAAAACCUGGACAUAGACAAACUCUCAGAGUACUUCAGUCCACAUCUGGGAGAAUAUGUCAACGUCCUCUCUGCUCUGGAAAAGCUGAACGUGGCCAUUUUGAAGGCCAUGGACAAAACUAAAGAGGAGUAUCAGGGUUCAUCAGUGCUGGGUCAGUUUGUGACGCGCUUCCUCCUGAGGGAGACCACCACCCAGCUCCAGUCCCUGCAGUCCUCCCUGGACUGUGCGAUGGAGGCUGUCCAUGACCAAGGCUGCACAGGGAAGAGGAUACUGAAGACGCCCCAGGACCUGCCCAUCCAGAGGGUGGCCAAGCGCCCCGGCCGCCGCAUCCAAAAGAACAUGUGUCUCUCUCCUACUGACCCCUACUCUGGCAUGCUCACCACAGGGGUCAGUGUGGAGCCGGACAACCACUGGGGCUCCCAGAUCAACCAGCUGGAGGAACUCAUAGACAAACUGGAGUGUGAGAGUCCACAUCUUGAGCCUCUCAAAGAGGACACGUUAGCAGGGACGUAUAAAUCGAACAUUCUUCUGGUUCAGAGGCAAAUGUCUGUGAAGGAGAGAGACGUGGAGCAGGUUCAGCAGGCUCUCAAAAUCUACACAGACGCCACCAACAGCCAGCUAAACAACCUGCACGUUUCAGUCCAGAACCUGCCAGACAGAUCAUGCUUCAUCAUGUAUGAAUUUUGGCAGGAUCGUCUCUCCUGGAUGAGCUACCUGCAGUCGUCCAUCAGCAAGACUUUCCAGCGCUGCAUUAUCGACUCACUGGAAGAUCCGGAGAUGGUCUCCACCAUGCUCCUCCCAGCCUCUUGGUGGAUUAUGAACAACAACUGACAGAGCGGAGCAGCUGUUAUUCAACAUCGUUAAAGCAAUUGAAUUUUUCCCUUUUUGUUCCUUGAUAUCUACUUUUUCCUCGUGUCAUGACCAGGAUUGUUUUUGCAAAGCCAUGCGCUGAGGUAAAUGAGUGAAACUAACGAAAAACCUUGGUUUAGAAAGAAGAGGCACUGCAAUAUUUUCAUUUCGUGACCAGGGUCUGUUCCCAAUGUUUUUUCCCCCUCUGUAUUUGCACAUUUCUUGCUCCCGAUUAAAUAGACACACAAGAAAUUAAAAAAGAACAAAAAUAUUUGCAUGAUUUCGUAUUCCUCUGUGAUAGUUUAUUUCUACUAUGUGCAUCUUAGAGUAGAUAUAACGUCAAUGACACAAUAAUAGAAACACGUGAAGAACAACCGAUCUGUCCAUCCGUCACUAUCCGUCACUCAUUCUUCAGUACAAACAAAAACAGAUGUAGUGGCAGGGUUCACCUGCGUCCUCCCUCAUUCUCUCUGUGGCUCUGUGCUUUGUUGUCCUCUUCAAAGCUUUGCUUCCAAGUGUCCGUUAGUUGGAACCAAGUGAAUAAAUGAUUAGGGUCCGCAUCUAAACUUUUAUCAUCCGUGUGACACUUUUGCACUUUAGAAAAAAGAAGAAACAUGGACCUUAUUGUGACAAACAGAUGUUUAUUGUAGAUUGUCUAUUGAAAAUGUAGAAUCAACCGUUUUAUUAAGCUAAGAGCUGCACUGGACUGUAGCGAGAAAAUAUAGUGGACGAUAAUUAACCAAAUAACUGCGCAGUUUGCCUGUAAUGUUUCUCUAUACAUAAAACUCAAAAAGCCAUUGCUUUACAUUUGCAGUGUGUAAUCAGAAGAGUUAAACGGCACACAGUACACACACAUAGAGGUUUAUAUUUUGAGUACAGAAAAGAAGCAGAAACGGUUUAAUGUGUAGCAAUAUAAGACGUAAUUUGGUUAAAGAUUGUGUACAGUAGAUAAUAAAAGCUAUGAGAUGUAAGUAACUGUUGUAGAACACUGGUAAAUGUACAGUAUGAUAGUUUAUGAAGCCUGAUAAAGAGAUGAAUGGUUGUGUUCAUCCUUUGUUUCAUUUCUUUUAUGAAUAAUAUACAGUGGUUAUGUGGAUGUUAUGAUUGUUUUCUGGCAUGAAAUAAAGUUCAUGACACAUUGAUGACAUGAAAAUAUGCA